AAUGCAAACUUCUUUCGUACCCAGAGUUCCGUGCAGCUGUGUCAUCGCUGCGCAGGAGUGUGAAUACGCUCGUACAAUACACAGAUUGGGAAACUUCCGAUAAACGACCGAAACUACAGGACGCUACUCUACUCUGGUGUUUACGAGUCCAUCGAAGAGGUCGAGCUUGACCCUUAUUAACCAUUUCCGGCAGACAUAACAUACGCUUGACACGAACAAGUGUAUACAUUGCGUGAGCUUUCGUGCAAAUUCAAUAGCUAUAGAAAGGUAUAUGAUUCAGCUAUUUAUAUGUCAAGCUUGAACGAAGAUAUGAAUCACAGGGACAUCUGAGGGGAGUGUAAUACACCUGCCCGUGAGAUACAGCGAGGAGAAGGAAUGUGAAACAAUAUACAGGUAAAUUCCUCAAGAUCAAUGGUCCUACAAGCCAAUCUGGAAAGGAAAGUUGUUUGAAGCUGACUGGCACAGAUUUGAACAUGGCGUUUGCAUCAACUUUAUCUUUGUGCAUAUUCUCCUGCUCGAUAUUUGCCACAUCAACGUCAAGUGUGGGCUCGAGCGCCACGCAGCGCAACACCUCCCACACCGAACACCAUGGCAUUGAAAUCGCCGGUGUCCUGUUUGAAAAUGUGAGACAGCCCAUGAUAUAUACCAUCGUUCUCGUUGUAGCAGCCGUUAGCAAAGUUGCUUUUCACCACGCACAUUUCCUCUCGUCAAGGAUUCCGGAGUCAUGCCUGCUGAUCAUCCUGGGCCAGAUAUUCGGGGCGAUUCUUGAAUAUUCCGGAGGUGCUAACUACAUUCCAGACUUCUUCUCCCCCCAUGAUUUCUUUCAGUUCCUUCUUCCUCCGAUCAUCCUGGAAGCGGCCUACAGCCUCCAUGACAGGACGUUUGCUGACAACAUCGGAUCUGUCCUCCUGUUUGCUGUAGUUGGAACCAUAUUGGCCUUCUUUGCACUGGGUCUCACUCUGUGGGGUCUAGCCAUGAGCGGGGCGAUGGGGGUUUUCCCCUUCCCGAUAACACUCACGCAGAUCCUCAUCUUUGCCGCACUCAUCGUCGCUGUCGACCCUGUGGCGGUUCUAGCUGUGUUCCAGGAAAUAGGCGUCAACAAUGUUUUGUACUUCAUGGUUUUCGGAGAAUCUCUGCUCAACGGUAAGUCCACACUACAGCUGAAUCAGGUCAUGCAGACAUACAACGAACUCACUUUAUCAGGUCAAGGUGUGGACGGUAAACAGAUUGGACUCGGUAUCCUGAAGUUCUUUGUGGUGUGUUUCGGUGGCCUAGCGCUCGGUGUUCUCGCAGGGAUCGUGACAGCACUCUUGACGAAAUGCACCAGGAAGGUGAAAAUCGCCCAGCCUCUUAUCGUGUACACAAUGGCGUACCUCGGCUUCCUCCUGGCGGAGCUGUUUGAGUUCUCCGGCAUCAUCAGCAUCAUCGGCUGCGGCCUCGUCCAGGUCCAGUACUCCUUCCACAACAUCAGCGAAAAGUCCAGGACGACCAUCAUGUAUUUCACCAAAGUCAUCAGCACCACCAACGAAAUCAUCAUCUUCCUCUUCCUGGGAUUGGUGAUGUUCCGGAAUAACGAGCGCAUGUGGCACACUGGCUUCGUCCUGUGGACCGUCUUCUUCUGCUUCGUGUAUAGGUUCAUCAUCACGUUCUUCUUGUCCUUCCUGAUCAACAAACUGGACAGCGACAGAACCAGGGAGAUCUCUUAUGAUGAACAGUUCAUAAUUGCUUACGGGGGUCUGCGGGGAGCCGUGUGCUUCUCCCUCGUCGCCCUGCUGGAUGAGAACGCCCUACCCCCGGGGAUGAAGGACAUGUUUGUAACUGCCACCCUCGUCGUCAUCUUCUUCACAGUGUUCGUGCAGGGUAUCACCAUCAAGCCCCUAGUGAGGCUAUUCCGUGUCCGGUUGGCUCAGAAGAAGCAGCUCAGCAUGUUUCAGGAUCUAAAUGAAAACCUGAUAGAUCAUUUGAUGGCCGGCGUGGAGGAAAUUAUCGGUGUCCGGGGAAGAUACGCUAUAAAGGAUUUUGAUUUUGAAGAAAGCGCUUAUCCACCGAAUGUCGUGAUCGUUAAGGUGGACUUCGUAGGCCAAACCAAGAUCAACAAGAUAAGCUAG